AUGAUCACGUGGAUCGCGUUGGCGAUUCCUAUCGUCGGAGCGGUCUCCACCUACCCAACUGUCGUCACUGACGAUCAAGUUGUCGAUCCGGGCGACUCGCUUCGUUUCGGCGCAGCGAUCGCCGCUCUCAACAGCACCACUGGCUGGGUCGCCGUGGGCGAUAACCAGCUUCCAGGAAAUGGAAUUCGGCGCGGAGCAGUCACGCUUCUCAACCUCGAGUGUGCGGCAUGCGUCGAGGUCACCAUCGGCGAUAACCAGCUUCCACUCGCUAACUACACCUUGUUUGGCUCGGCCGUCGCAACGGUGCCGGAUCUGGGCGGUGUGACGCUCGCCGUCGGCGCCGUCUACCUGCUCCGGCUUGCCUCCGAGGCCGACUGCCAGGCGGAUCCGGCCGCAUGCCUGCUGUCGUGGGUUGUCAUUGAGCCCAUGCAGGGGAGCUUCAACCCGUCGUCAGCCGGCCUGGACACGUACCAGCACUUUGGGCAGGCCAUCGCAGCUCUGCCGGGCUUUCACAGCCAAGGCGGCACCGGGCUUGCGCUCGCGGUGGGCGCGGGCACAGACUUCUACGAUGACAUCCCUAGCACGGGGAUGACCGGCAUUCAGGGCACCGUCUUCCUCCUUUUUAUGGACACCGGCGUGCAGCUGCCGUGCCAACUGCCUCCACGCUUUCUCCUCUGCGGCUGGCCAGCAUCCGUCAACGUCACCUCGCACCGGCGCAUCGAGUCGGGCAAGGGCAUCGAGACCAUCCCUACUGGCGGCGUGUUCGCCACCUCCCUCGCCGCCUUGACCGACUUGAACGGGGACGGCACUGCAGAGCUGGCUGUCGGAGGGAGCAUGAACUCCGAUCGUUCCGGCGACGCCUGGAUCCUUUUCCUCGAGGCCGACGGCACCGUCAGCGGCAGCCUCGACCUCGGCAUGCCCGAGCUGGCUGUUGGUGCCGAGGGAAGCGGGGGCAGUGUCGGAUCCGGAAAUUCAGAGCACAGGCCGAGGGAGGAGUGCCUCGGCCUGAUCGCGCCGGGCGCGCAGCUCACCGACCUCGGCUGCGGCUGGCUGGCCGGCCUCGACCUCCGCGGCGCAGACCUCAGCCACGCCAAUCUGGACGGGGCGCGUGAGCGGCCCGCCAAGGCGGCGGCCGGCAGUGGCGUCGCCGAGCAGUCUGAGCGCGGCCCGUUGCGUCCCCAGGUGGACCUGACGGACACGCUGCUCGACUGCGCUACUCUGGAUGACACUACUCUCCACUGGGCCACUGCGCGGGGAGCAUCUUUUGUGGGAGCAUCUUUAGACCGCGCCCUUGGAGAGGGGCUCGUGCUCGCGGGCGCGGAUCUGACGCACGCCUCGCUGGCAGCAGCCACGCUGUCGGGCGGGCACGUGGCGGGCUCGCUGACCGGCGCGAGGUUUGAGGGGGCGUCGCUGGCUGGCGCGGCGCUGAGGGCCAUCGAGGAGUCGAGGAACGUCAUCUUUGACGGCGCCGACGCGAGUGGCAUCGUGUUUGAGAGCUGCACGAUGCCUAAAGCAUCGCUGCGCGGCGCCAAUUUGACGCACAGCACGUUCCGACUCUUCGACCUCGAGGGCGUCCUCUUUUCGCCCUCGACGGUCCUCAACGGCGCGACGUUCGACCGGUGCGACCUGAUCGAGCCGUCCCUCGAUGGCGUCAGAAUGGACUAUGCCUCUUUCCUCGACGCGCACUUUACCGACGCCUCCUUCGCCGGCGCUCCUCGCGCCAUGCAUCGCGCUCCUGGAGUGAAGCUGUCGAUUGCGAUGAGAGAGACGCGGGACUGCC